AUGUCUCGAUGGGUGACUAUCUUCACAACACUAGCUGAUGCUUUGCUUCUACUUCUCCGAUGGAACGCCACUACAUCAUCCAGGCAUAACAGAUUACCUCCUGGUCUUAAAUGUUGCAUGUUGGUGGGUAACAUCUUCGAACUUGAAACCCUACCACAUGAGUUACUUACUGCAGGUACAGAAAAUAUAGUUGUUACUACGGAGUGGGCAAUGGCGGAACUACUCCGCGAUAAAGAAGCAAUGAAGAAGGUCCAAACUGAGAUUUCCCAGAGUUCAUGGGAUACUAAAUACCCAAAGACACUCAAAGUUUUUGUUAGUGCUUGGGCACUCGGAAGGGAUCCAAAUUACUGGGAUGAUCAGUUGGCAUUCAAGCCAGGGCGCUUCUUAGGUUCUCAAAUAGAUUAUCGUGGACACAAUUUCGAGUUUCUACCAUUUGGGGCUGGACGACGCAUCUGUCCAGGGAUUUUCUUGGCUGAAAAAAAUGCUUCACCUAGUUCUUGGAUCAUUGCUUCAAAAUUUUGA